GCUGGCAUAUUACCUGUCCAGGAAUCACCUGCCGACAACCUUCCAGACCUUUUCAAAAUCAAACCUUGAGCCUCCAGUUGUGAAGGCUCGCGCGCACGUGCAGGGCAACCGCGCAUAAUCAGCAGCGCUUGUUCGGGCUCAGGGGCGGACGGGCAAACGUCACGGGGUCCGGGGAAGCGGGGAGCGAGGGAGCGCGAGAGGUGUUCAGCAGCAAGAAGGUGAUGUCGUAAAGCGGAGUGUCGUAAACCAGGUGCGGGGAGGGGAGGUGGGGUGGAGGGAGGAGGGGUGGAGGCGAGAGAGGAGGUGACUCUCCGGCAGCAUUUAGACACAGCGAAAGGAUCAUGGCGGAUGGCCCCAGGUGUAAGCGCAGAAAACAGGCGAAUCCGAGGAGGAAUAACGUAACGAACUACAACAAUGGCGCGGAGGCGACCUCGGACUCGGACGACGAGGACAAGCUGCACAUCGUGGAGGAGGACAGCCUGCCGGACGGGGGGGACGGGGGGGACACGGGGGACGAGGCGGAGUCGGACGGCAACGCGCCAGAGAGCCGCCCAGACGCCCGCGCCGCAGUAUUAACAGCCAACGGAAAACAGCGCCACCCGCAGUGGGACAGCGAAGACCUGGGGCCUGAUGCUAAGAAGCAGAGAACGAGGUUUAAAGUGAAGGCCGAGAGCGGCUCGGAGCCGGAGGAGAACGGGAGCGCGGACGCCAUGGUGGAGGAGAUGCUCCAGCAGGGGGACACGGCCGUCAUCUACCCCGUCGCUCCAGAGGAGGAGGCGCGGCAGGGCACGCCGGAGGCCAGCGGGCACGACGAAAACGGGACCCCGGACGCCUUCUCCCAGCUGCUCACCUGCCCCUACUGCGCCAGGGGCUACAAGCGCUACACCUCGCUGAAGGAGCACAUCAAGUACCGCCACGAGAAGAGCGAGGACAACUUCAGCUGCUCGCUGUGCAGCUACACCUUCGCCUACCGCACGCAGCUGGACCGCCACAUGACCGCGCACAAGUCUGGGCGGGAACAGCGCGUACACGUGACGCAGUCGGGGGGGAACCGAAAGUUCAAGUGCACCGAGUGCACCAAGGCCUUCAAGUACAAGCACCACCUGAAGGAGCAUUUACGGAUCCACAGCGGAGAGAAGCCAUACGAGUGUCCGAACUGUAAGAAGCGCUUCUCCCACUCGGGCUCCUACAGCUCCCACAUCAGCAGCAAGAAGUGCAUCGGGCCCGUCCCCGUCAACGGCCGGCCCCGCCCGGGGGGCAAACCCGCCCUCUGCCCCUCCCCCUCCCCGUCCCUGGCCCCCUCCCCCGCGCCCGCCGGGCGGACCGUCGCCCGGGAGAAGCCCGACCCGGGGAAGCCGCUCCAGGAGCAGCUGCCGGUCACGCAGAUCAAAGCUGAGCCGCUGGAGUACGAGUACAAGCCGGUGGUGCUGGCGCCGGCCGCCAACGGCGUCUUCAACGGGGGCCCCGCCCUGCCGCCGGCCCCGGCCCCGCCCCAGGGCGUGGUCCAGGCGGUGGUCCUGCCCACGGUGGGGCUGGUCUCGCCCAUCAGCAUCAACCUGAGCGACCUACAGAGCGUGCUCAAGGUGGCCGUGGACGGCAACGUCCUGCGCCAGGUGCUGGAGAGCGCCCACCUCAACGCCGCCAACGCGUCCAAGGAGCCCGGGGGCGGGGUCGCCACGGCGACCGGCGGCGCGCCCGCCGCCACCCACUCCGUCAUCUCCGCCAUCAGUCUUCCCAUCGUCGACCAGGACGGCACCACUAAGAUCAUCAUCAACUACAGCCUGGAGCCCAGCCACAACCCCCACCCGGCCCCGCCCGCGCCCGCGCCCGCGCCCGCGCCCGCCCCCCAGGCCCCCAAAAAGGAGGGCCCGCCCCCCCGGGCCCCGGACGCCGGCGAGGCGGAGACGCCCCCCGAGGACCCCGCCCCGAAGGCGGAGCAGAACAAAGAGGCGGAGCCGGCGGGCAGUGAGGGGGCGGGGGAAGCGGCGGGGGCGGCGGGGGCGGACGGCGAGAGGACGUGUCUGCUGUGUGACGACUGCCCCGGCGGGCUGGACGCUCUGCACACGCUCAAACACUGCGGCCGCGAGGCGGCGGACCCGGCGGCGGCCGACGGCGAGCGCGAUGGCGAGGGCGAGGGCGGGCCGGACCCCGGCGGCGUGUCGGCCCUGCUGGCGGACGGCGUGGCGGGACAGCCGCCGCUGAAGAACCUGCUCUCGCUGCUCAAGGCCUACUUCGCCCUCAACGCCGAGCCCACCGCCGCCGAGCUCGCCAAGAUCGCCGACUCGGUCAGCCUGCCCGCCCACGUGGUCCGCAGGUGGUUCCACAAGAUGCGGUCCGGCCAGAUCGCCGUGGGGGGGCCGCCCCGCCCCCCCCAGUCCGGGGACGAGGCGUCGGAGGGGGGCGGAGCCGGGUCCGACCCCCCGGCGGACCCCGCUGCCCCGCCCCCCCCCGCGACCGAAGCGCCGGAGGAGCCCGCGGACAAGGACGAGGACCCGAGCGGCGACCCCCCCCAGGACCCCCCCUCCUCCCCGCUCAACCUCUCCUCCACCGGCCUCGUCAUCGUCAAGUCCGAGGAAGAGGAGGACGAGGACGGGCAGGCGGAGCCACUGGACCUGUCGCUGCCCAAGCUCCCCAGGGAGGGGGGCGAGGGGGGGGGCGCCGCCGGCCUUCACCAGGGCAGCGCCUACUCCGUCCAGGAGGAGCCGCUCAACCUGACCUGCGCCAAGAAGGAACCGCCCGCGCCCGCGCCCCUGACCUCGGACACCAUCUACGUCACCCCGAGCGCCAACCCCGUCAGCAUCGUGGCCACCCAGCUGCCCACCAUCCUGGCCAUCACCGAGCAGGGCAGCCUGCCCUGCCUGCGCGCCGUCACCGCCAGCAAGCACACCAUCCUCAUACCGCAGCUGGCCUACACCUACGCCACCGCCACCGCCACCGCCGCCGCCAGCAGCCCCCCCGCGGCCCCCGCCCCGCAGAAGCCCCUGCAGCCCAACAGCCUCCAGGAUGAGAGGCUGGACACUAGUUCAGAGGGGGUGGAGGAGCAGAACGAUUCGGACUCGGCCCCCCCGCGGAAGAAGAUGAGGAAGACGGAGAGCGGGAUGUACGCGUGUGACCUGUGUGACAAGAUCUUCCAGAAGAGCAGCUCCCUGCUGCGCCACAAGUACGAGCACACGGGCAAACGGCCUCACGAGUGUGGGAUCUGCAGCAAGGCCUUCAAACACAAGCACCACCUGAUCGAGCACAUGCGCCUGCACUCGGGGGAGAAGCCCUACCAGUGCGACAAGUGCGGCAAGCGCUUCUCCCACUCGGGCUCCUACUCCCAGCACAUGAACCACCGCUACUCCUACUGCAAGAAGGAGGGGCAGGAGCGCCAGGAGGGGGCCGAGCCGGGGGCCCAGGGAGGCGCGGACACGCCCGCCGCGGGGGAGCAGGCCGACGGCAGGACCGCCUCCCCUCCCUCCCAACCGGACUCGGAGGACCGCGACGAGGAGGAGAGCGAGGACGAGGAGGAGGAGGAGGAGGAGGAAGAGGAGCUGGAGGGAGGAGUGAGCGAGGACGAGAUCCAGGUGGUGCGGGUUGGGGAAGGUGAGGACAGCGAGGAAGAGUGGAGGGAACACGCGGGGGAGGAUGAGGAGGAGGAGCCAGAGGAGGAAGGGGAGGAGCUAGAGCAGGAAGGCAAAGAGACGCAGGGAGAAGAGGCAUGGCGUGACGAGGAGGCGCAGGGAGUUGAGGAGGUGCGGGUGGGGGAAGUUGGGCUGCAGGAGGUCGAGGAGGAGACUGAGGGGGAGACGGAGGGGGAGACGCAAGAGGAGAUGCAGGAGGAGACGCAGGAAGAGACAGCGGAGGAGGAGACGCAGGAAGAGACAGCGGAGGAGGAGACACAGGAAGAGACAGCGGAGGAGGAGACACAGGAAGAGACAGCGGAGGAGGAGACGCAGGGGGAGGGGGAGAUGCAGAAGGAGACGCAGGAGGAGGAGACGCAGGAAGAGACAGCGGAGGAGGAGACGCAGGAAGAGACAGCGGAGGAGGAGACGCAGGAAGAGAUGGCGGAGGAGGAGACGGAGGGGGAGGGGGAGAUGCAGAAGGAGGGGGAGAUGCAGAAGGAGACGCAGAAGGAGACAGAAAAGGAGACGCAGGAGGAGACAGAGGGGGAGACGCUGGAGGAGACGCAAGAGGAGAUGGAGGAGAGGCAGGACAAGGAGACGCAAGAGGAGACGCAGGAAGGUCACACUCAGGUGGAAGAGGAGGCCAUGGAGACACAGGAGAGCGAAGGAGGAAGCGGGACGGUGGAGGAGGUGGAGAGAAACGCGGGCGAGGGCUCCGAGAACAAAGAGAAGAAAGAGGAGGCGGAGGAGGAGUGAAGAGAACGGGGCGGAGGAGUUAAACCACACUUAGUUUACUACACAACACGCGUAGAGUCAUGAGGAGAGGGGGAGUUAACCCAGACACUGUGUCUCACUUCAUUACUGUGGACAAACCGGGGUGUGCCUCAACUUAAAGAGAAAAAAAAAUCACUUUUCCACGUGAGAAAUUUUCAGUGUUACAAGCGGUUUGUAAAAAUACAUAAAGAAUAACAAAAAAAACGCAUAUACGGACUUUGAAAGAAAAAAAAACAAGAGUUGACAAAGUUUUAGAUAAUGUUUUAUUACUAAAACAUCCAGGAUCAUUUCUUUUAUCAGUGUUACUAAUUUAAUCAACGUCACUCAUGUUUUAACCUUUUAAGCUGUACAGUUGGGAGAGAUUUCUAUACCUUUUUAUUGCCAAUGAAGUUUUUGCUAAAAUCAGUAUUUUAUUAAGUUUGAAGAAAACCUCUGCACUACAGUAUUCCUGGUUUACACCUAUGGAUACCGACAUGCUUCUGUGUUGUCUACCCAUCAGUAUUAUCGCACUAUAGGCACCCUCCACCGCAUUAGCGGAAAUUAGCACGUUAGCAUAGUUAUUCGUUUUGAAUUGGAUCGUUAGCCUUAACGAAGAAUACGAUACUCUAGGGCGCUGACGCCUUCAGCGGGAUCCGACCUAUCAGGGAAGACGGUGUCAAACCACCAAGCCAGCAUUCUUUCUUUACCGACCUCCGUUCCGACCGACCGACCGACAGACCGACCGUGUCCUUCGCUAUGUCUGGUAUUACGGGCUGCGUAUAUACGUUUCUCCGUUAAUUUCAGCCAACGCCAAAUCCACUAUACUGUUUUUAUUUUUUUAGGAAAGAGACGGAGAGAGAGAGAGAGAGAAACGCUCACGCAGCUUAAGUCAGAGGCGGGAUGAAAGGACAGCGAGCGCGCGCUGCGGUUAGACCGAACGGAGGAGUUCUCUUGAGUUUUUUUUGUUUGUUUUUUUUUCGUCGGUUUGAAUCGGAGCUCAGUGUUACGGCGUUCGUUGAAGCGGGAGGAUGUUGGAUACGGAGCAUUUCAACCCCCUGGCCUUAUGCAAACCUGUGAGCUGGAAGUGCCAUUUGACCAGUGUUAUUUUUUACUAAAAUGGCCAUCGCCAGUAUUUGUGUUGGUGUUUAAGGGUCCAUGUUAGCUAAGAUUUGUCUUGCCAUUUUUUAAAUUAUUUUAUUUUUAUUUCUGUGUGUUCUUCUCAGUUUAGAGAAAAGACUUCAGGGGGAAUAUUCAGUUACAGAGUGAAGGAAAUUUCUAAGGUUUUUUUUUUUUUUUUUUCCUGUCUUGGAAUGUCAGUCAAAAUGGGGGUCCCCACAUUGCUAGAACCUGAAGAAAUAGUGUGACAGCCCUGACCUGCACUUGAAGGAAGCAAAUGUUAGCAAAUAUGGUCCCAUAAAUCAAGUGUUUAGAUCAUUUUACCAGUCAGUAUUAUAGUAUUUUACAAGUUUUUUUUGUUUUGUUUUGUGUUUGUGGGGGGAAAAAAUGUUUGCUCAGUGUCUCAACCAAUGGCAGUAUAGUUCCCGCCUCACUGAAAUAUGUUUAGUUAUAGAAAUCUUUUAUAUUUAUGUGUCUUAUUUUUAUAUUUCUUUACGGUUAUUUAUUACACAAUGUAGUGUAUAAUACUGUAGUUUGUAUUAAUACAAUAAUAUAUUUUAGUAUGAAAAUAAUUUGGAAGGUAAGUGAUUUCAAAGCUAGAGAGAGAGAGACACAGCUCUGGCCUUUGAGAUGUGCUUUAAAAAUAUGAUUAUGAUUCAGUUAAAUGUUUAAAAAAAAAAAAAGGAAAUGAAAGUGGAACCUUUUACUUUUGCAUCCAUUAUCAAGUGUGUUUUGUUUUCCCCACUUUUAAGUAUGAAGCUACUGAAUCUAUUGAAACUAACUGUGUGGACUAAUGGCAUGAGUCUUUGCUGUCGUAUCAGUUGAAGGAUCUACCCUAAUGAUGGCGAUAUACUGUCCUUUUGCAAAGCCAAACCUGGAUUGACAUACUUUUUUUUUUUUUUUUACCUGUGCCAAGUUGAAUUGUUUUUAUGUCUGCACCAAGACUGAAACUUGUUUUUAUAAGUCCCUGUCUAAUUCAGUUUAAUGAUUUUUUGCAUAGGUUUUUUUUAUGACUGGCCAUCACAAUAAAAUACAUCAACAAA